ACUCAUCUCGACUCUCUUCCGCAGGUUCGGGCGCCGUUGGUCUCGCCCAUUUCGACAAGUGUAGCCACGACGAAUGUCUCAGCGGCCUGCACAUCUGCUCCCACGACGACGGGGUGAUGCACCUCCUCACGCGCAUCAAUGAGCUCUCCAUGGGCUACACAGAAGGCCGCCUCGAGCUCUGCGUCGUCGGGGGCUUCCAGGACGUCCGUGGCAUCUGCGAGAAGGUCACGCUCUCCCUCCUGAACGCCUUCCACAAGAGCCCGCCACACAUCCUCCUGCUGCUGCUGUGCACGGGGGAGGCCAACACCACGCUGCGGGGCAACAUCUCCUGGCCGAUGGUGAAGGGCAUUGGAGUGAGUACGCAGAAUGGCAAGAUCUUCCCGGCCACCUUCACCGACAAGGGCCCGUACCUGGUGCUGCGCUCAACGAGGAUCUUCACAGGAGCCCAGCAGAUGGUGGAUGUGUACGACUGUGCCCUGGGUCUGCUGCGCAUCGGACCCUUCAACUAUGAGCCUCACGCCGGGGUGGAGCUGCUGCUGCAACAGACGGAUGACGUGAUCCUGCAGUGCCUCUCCACCACGCCCGAGGUGGAGGGGCCCACAUGGGUCAAGAUGGUGCGUGAGGUCCUGAAGCACAUCAAGGAGCACCCCUUCCCCGCUGUCACCAUCUUCCCCGACAACCGGCCGCACUACUUCCGCCGGGACAACAUUGGCUCCUGGACUCCCGCCGAGCUGCCCAACAACAAUGACUCCACGCCCGACGCCAACGUGCAGGCCGCCGUGCAGGCCGUGGCCGCCACCGGGGCAUGGACGCAGGCCGGCGGCGUCACCACCACCUCGGCACCACCCACCCCGGCCGCCCUCUCCCCUGCCCCCUGGGGUGCCUCUGUGCCCCACAGCUCCCUGCAAUUGGACUGCCGCCUCAAGACCCAUCUGGCCGUCCCGCCCGUGGUCAACCCCGGGCAGCAUUAUGACGACCCGCUCCUCAACCCUGUCAAGGAGCGUUUCAUGCCCACGUGGCAGGCCUCGCAGUUGUGACCAUCCUCCUCCCCCUUCCACGACCCCUUUCCUCCGCCAGAAGGCAUGGGGGCAGGCUGAAUACCUGGCUGGGCGACGUGGCUCAGCGGCGGAGCACAGUCGCCAUCCCGCAAUCCUGCACCGGCCGCCAGAAUUCUUCGUGCCAAAUCGCAGAGCGCCUCCCACCGCCCGCCGCUACACGCCGCCCACACCCCCGCCUCGCGCGCCGCCGCUGCUCAGCCUCUGGCGCUGCACGGCUCGGUUUUCUGUCCUCUCCUUCAUUCCAUUCCGUAUGUCAUAAUGUUUUGUGUAGUUGUUAGGGGAAACUGUAAAUUAUUGAAGUUUUACCACAAUUUCUUCACCCGACAAAUGUGAACUGUACAUAAUUAUUACUCGCAUUUGUCCUAGCAUUUGAUUAGACUAAUUAUUGUACUACUACCACUACUACUGUUUCUAGGAUUAAUGAACAUGUCGGAAAUGUGGUUAGUGUAGACGUGGAGGUGGCGUGGGCGGGCGUGGGCGGGCGUGGAGGCAGCAGGUGGGGUCUGGAUGCACCAUUCACCUGGGAUAAGGUUUGUCUCUUCCCCUCCCUCCCUUUCCCUCUAUCUCGCUCCCUCUCUCUCUCGUCCAAGGUGCAAUAUACGCCCCAGGCUGGGGUCAUAAUCCCUAUAUUCAUAAUAGUUUUGUUGCCUUUUUUGUCUUAAUUAAGAUUCAUGAGUAACCAGAGUGAAGAAGACUUGCUUUCUGUAUAUAGUGAUGCAUAUUGUAAAAACAUAAAGUGCAUAGCCACACAUACAGUCAGAUUGCAAGUUACAUCAGCCCCACCACAUGUGUGCACAGAUAGAUGUUUCAGAUGCAUUUCAGAAAAAACGAGACAACUUGAGCCAGAUUAUGGGAAAUAUUUGUGGAAGUAGUUUUUGAUUUUACUCUUGAUUCUGUUUUUGAUGCUGAUAUAAAGAGCAAUGGAGCCAUUGGUGGGGGGACCUGAAGGGGUGUUCAGGCGCUUCAAUCUGACUGUACGAGGUGAGCCACACCGGGCAGAGAGCCGUGCGCUGGUCACUAUGGCAGCAGGCAAGGAGUCUUUACACAUCCUUGAGGAAAGUAAAGCUGACUUCUCACCGCUGGAGUAAAUUAACUGAAAGACUUCCGAGUAGUUCAGAGAGUGCUGGUUGUGGACCGUUCUCUAUUUAAUCCGCUGUAGUAAAUAUGUAUAUGAAAGCAAGAACAAUUAUAUUAUUAUCAGGCUCAUAUCAACCAGCACUCAUCUGCCAACAACACUUUCAUUUAUUUUACACCACCGAUGGAAGGAUACUCGAUGGAGCCCAUUUUAAUGUUGACUAAACUGUUCGUAAUAAUUUUUUCUCUUCCGUACUCUGAAUUCGCCAUGUAAUAUACUACUAUUUUGUAUGCUUUGUCUUUACCCCUGUUUCUGUGUGUAGAUAUCCUUUAGAAAAAUAUAAAGCAGUUUUUUCGUUUAGUUUAGAGAUGGCAGAUACCGUACAGUUGUGUAUUGCUAAUUAUAUAGAUUCUUACCCUUUAGUAGAAGGAAUCUCAUGGUGAUCUGAUUGACAGUAUGAUUCGAUGUUAUAUAAAUGUUUUCUGGUGUGGUAUGAUGAUGGAAGAUACUGAGGACACACCAUGAAGUGUCCCACAGUAUGAACAUUGCCAUGGAAAGGAAAAAAAGAAAGUUGGUGAAGCUGAAACGAGUGAAGAUUUUUUUGUGUUGGCAUCAGUGCAUUCUCAUGUUUGGUGUGCGAGACAGCGCUGCAUUUCUUUAGGUUAAGCAAGGCACAUAAAGAAGAACUUGAGCUUCAUAGGUGCUGCUUAUCAACCAUCAUUAAUUUAUGAUUUGGUUUUGUAUUUUUAUUGUUACUUUUUUAUCAUUUUGCUUCUUGACUCCAUGUGGUUUUCUUUAAAUGCAGUCAUUUUGGUAUAGCUUGUUUUAAAUUAUUUUCUAUUGGGGUAAGACUGUUCAUAAAAGACGGCUGAGACUGUGUACUGUGGUCUCCGAGAGAAGAGGUGUUCCUGGAUUGAUGUGUUGGUUGUAGAAACUACCUACUGUAAACUUGUCCCAAUUACUCUGGCUUCUAUAUUAUUCACUUCUGCAUAGAUAUAAACUUUAGACCUUCAUUGUAUUUGUUCAUUUCCUCACUGUCACAUCUGCUCCUUCAAUUUGUAUGUGUGUGUUUGUCUGAUUCUCUUAUUAUUUUCCUAAAUUUUCUUUGAAGAUAGUUUAAGUGAAGUGUUUGUCUCACGGUCCUGUUGGCUGAAACUCAUGAAGAUCAAAAUGGCUGCAGACACGGCAAGAACAUUCUUGAACUUGAUUACAUUACUUUGCAAAUUUGCUGUUGUCUUGGUAAAGUUGUUAGUUCCUUACAUUUAUAUAAUUCAAGCUCUUGUAUAUAAGAGAAAAACUGUAAACUAUUAGAAAUUGGCUGCAUGUAAAUGGUUAUGAAUACUUAUUAUUGUGGUUAAUGUGAUAACAGUCAUCACAUUUAUUUAUGGAUGACGUGUGCUCAGCACACACUGCCAUGACACCUUUCGAGUUUCAGCCAACACGGGUGACCAGCUGUCCUGAGGCUGUGUGUAGGAUUCUCAGAGGGAACAAGAAGGUAACAGGUGUCAUGAGUGACAGCAUGAAAAGAUUUUUCCCUUUGAUGAAUAUUAUAAAAGCUUCCCAUUUAAUUUUCUUAUUCUUUUUCUUACCAGUGAAGGAAAUUAUAGAGUUAUUACUGUUCUAUUCCUGAACUCUGUUAUCAUACGAAAAUUAAACUCAUUAAAAUACUUUCCCAGGACCUUUGUCGCUCUAACCGAACCCAAACCCACACCCACACAGAACACCUGGAAACACAACACCUUUCUCUUAUUGUUCCCCACGUACAUUGGUUUCCAUGAAGUGCUUGAUAUUGAAAUGUUGUUGGAUGUGCCUGCGAGUGUGUCCAUGCUGAGUGUCCUUAGUGAAGUCUGUGAGCUCUCUUGUAGUACCUGCCGUGUGGGAAGGAAAGUGUAACGCCACAACGGAAGGCUGUCCCGCCCUGCCUCUCCACGAUGGUUGAGUAGCGUCUCCACAGUGAACUGAUAGAGACUUACGACCAAGUGUGGAUUAGGCCUGAGGUGUGUAUUCCCCUGCACUGGAUGACUGGAAAGCAACAACAACAAUAGUGACAACAACAAAGACUUCUGAUACUACUACUACUACUACUACUACUACUACUGCUACUGCUACUACUACAACUACUACUACCACUACUAUUACUACUAUUACCACUACUACUACUUCUACUACUACUACUACUACUACUACUACUAUUACUACUAUUACCACCACUACUACUACUACCACCACUGUUACUACUAUUACUACUACUACUACUACUAUUACUACUAUUACCACUACUACUACUACCACCACUGUUACUACUACUACUACUACUACUACUACUACCACUACUACUACCACCACUGUUACUACUUUUACUACUACUACUACUACUACUUCUACUUCUACUACUACUACUACUACUACUACUACCACCAUUACUUCUACUAUUACUACUAUUACCACAAAAGCUAGUACAUUGUCUCAUAUGAGACUUUUAACCCUCUUUAUACUGCACACUUUUUUCCUACAUGCUGUUAUAAUUAAUGUACACCUUUCUGCAGCUGCGUAUGAAACAUUGUCAUUUGGUUUACAAACUGUAGGACAAAAGCCUUUGUUUAUAAAGUCCUAGAGUGUCUUUGGGUCAAAGGCACCCUGGAGAUUUUCACAAACUGGGUAUCAGAACUCUGAUGAGAAAAUGCUUGGAUUUUGAUGGGGAGAUGAGUGUCUUAAAUAAGUCGAGCUGAAUUAUAUUAUUCUGCUUCCAUACACAACUCCCUCAUAUGUAAAGUAGAUAAGCCUGUCGCAGCAUGGCAAGGGGUGUUGUGUGCUGGCUUGACGGGUCUCCAUGAACACCACCUUCAGCCACACCUGAGGCCACCAGGUGACCAAAAAAGAAGUACGGUAGUGAUGUUUGUGCAGGGAAGGUGAAGGAUUAUAUGUGGCUCAGUGUUUAGGAUUACAUUGUGAGGCAACUGUUUGUUGCAUCAGCAUUCAAACACGAUUUGCAGACAUACUUAAUAUUCCAUAACAAUUUUCAUUCCUUUCACUCUAAAGAUCCCACUUGAAUGUCAUGUAUUAGUUGCUAAUUUCAUUCUUUGUAGGGAAAAAAAACAUGGGUAUGGAUAAUGCUUCUAAAUGUAUAUAAUUAGGUAGUGGAUAUAUACAAAAAAACAGAUUGUACCAAACAUUAGUGAUUAUUAGCGAAUGUGUGGCUCAGUGACAGGACGAGGAGCCGAGAGCUGUCCUGAAGUAAUGAAAGUUGGGAAAGUAGAAGACAAUAAACACUUUGAAAAAACAAUAAA